UCACUUUCAUUUCACAGUAGGAAAAAUGGCUGCUAAACGUAUCACUCUACCGGGGACGAACUUGAACGUCUCCAGAGUUUGUUUGGGGUGUUGGCAGUUUAAUGGGGGUAAAGAUACAGUGAACUGGGAUGCUCAGACCCCCGAGGAAUCCAGAGCAAUUGUGGACAAAUGUCUUGAGAUUGGCGUGAAUUUCUUUGACACAGCCGAGGGUUACGCUGGCUCAGAGGAAGUACUCGGUAUGUGUCUGGAGGGCCGCAGACAAGAUGCGGUCAUUGCCACCAAGUUUGGAUUCAGGGAGGGACCAAACACUCCUCCCUACUCCCCUCAGCAGAUCGAUGAAGCUGUUACCCGCAGCCUGAAUAAACUCAAGACCAACUAUGUAGAUCUCCUGCAGGUGCACUUUUCAAGUUUCUUGGAGAACAUGGAGGAGUCGGUGAAGGAGCUAGAGCGACAGGUGUCCCUGGGCCGCAUCAAGUACUACGGAGUGUCCAACUUUGGACCGGUCAACAUGAAGAACUUUGUGGAUGCAGGUGGAAAACCUGUAUCAAACCAGAUUGGUUACAACCUGCUGUGGCGGUCGGUGGAGCAUGAAGUGAUUCCGUCCAGUCAGAAGUACGGGGCCAGCAUCCUGGCUUACUCCCCCCUACAGCAAGGGUUGCUGACCGGGAAGUUCCUCAAGGUCGACGACGUUCCCAUGGGCAGGCGCCGGGGCAAGCUCUUCUCUCCUGAGAGCUGCCAUUUAGCAAGACAUGGACAAGAGGGGGCAGAGAAAGAAGUCUUUGAGGCUAUAGCUAAAAUGAAUGACAUUUGUAAGAAAGCCAAUGUUCCAAUGGCGAAGGCUGCAUUAUCAUGGGUACUGAACCAGCCCAAUGUACCGGUGGCCAUAGUAGGUGCUCGGACUCCGGAGCAGAUGGUGGAGAACUGCGAGAUAGUGGAUCUACCGCAGAGUGUCAUCAAAGAGCUCACGGAGGCCACAGAGUCUGUGAAGAAUAAGAUUGGUAAAUCCAUUGACCAGUGGGCCCACCCCGACCGCUGUGAAUGACCUCACCAUACGACCUCACCCCACUCAUCAGAUCAGCCACAAACUCACGACAGAUAAUUCAACAGUGAUUUUUUUUGUAAAUCUGUGAUCAAGUUGAUUUUGAGAUCACUGGAGUGCUACGCAUUCUGUUAUCUUCUGAGAAGAUAAUUUUAUCAGAAAUUCAUUUAAUAUUACAUAUAGUUUAAUAUUAAAAACCGGUAAUCGUACAAUAGACAAGCCUAAUGUGAUUAUUUUGAAUAAAUGUUGAUAUUUUUGA